AUGAUGUCGUGGAAAGAACCCCUAGGCAUGUCUGAUUCCCGCUUAACCAUGACAAGCAGCUUCGAGGACCGUGGUUUGUCUCCUUCAUAUGCAUCCAUCCUGGAAUACUGUGAUUGCGAGAUCUCAGACCUCCUGCCUCUCGAUGAAACGGACACCAGAUCGCCUCGAAAUCUCACUCUCAAUCAGCGAUGUCCUCGGUUAGAACUUGACCCUACCAUGGAUAAUUUCUACACACUCGACGGCCUCGCCGAGCAGCAGAAUCCUCAGAACACACCCACGACGGAUAGUUACGCUGCCAGCCCUGAGAGACGUAAAACUCAGCCCUUGGCUCAAUCAGACCGAUCCCCCAAUGCACCGCACUUGGAUCUCGACUGGCUUGAUCGGUCUCUUCUGACACACCCGAUACUCACAAGGAGUCAAACAGAGAUGGACCCAUUGUCUCUUCACACGCAGUCUGCAAAAGGUGUUACACAUAGCAUACUACGCAGCGGAUCACCCACGCGUGAAUACAGUCUCGAUAUGCCUGUGACCCGAACGGUUCGAUUCUCACCUCCGCCUUCACCCAAGCGUCCGCGACCAUCGGUCGAACGGAAGCGCGACUAUAUCGUCUCUCAUCGGCAAUCCAGGCAGCACGCGAAAUGGAAGAGCGUGAGACGUCGCCAAAGCGCUGUACAAGCCCCUAAACUGAAGGGAAUCAACGAAUCGAAAGGCCGCGGUACUCACCUUCCCCUGCUUUCUAAGGUUCCCUUACCUUAUCCUAUGUGCGCCGGGCCAGGCACUUCUCACAGUCAAGCCAAGGGAGGAACUACGGCUGCAGCUCAACAGGAAACUAGGCAGGCUCUCAAGCAGCCGAGUGUGUACGACAUGAUUGUGAUCAAUUUCGGCGUGUACGGGCCUCGAUACCCAGAGCACCUGGGCCCUAACUCACAAUGGGCUUUCAUGCGCAUCAAAAUGAACCCUACUUUCAUAUCAGCACGCGAUCUUCGCUCACAGCCAGAAGAGACCAAGCAAAUUGUUUGCCGCUUGCCCGCGGAAAACAUCCUCUUCCAUUUCGUCUUUGUAGUCCCGGCCUUCAUAGUUCGUCGCCCUCAUGCCUUCAUCUCGUUCGUUCGUCGGCUGGCGAACUCGACUCUAGGCCUAAAUGCCUUUACUCUUCUCAAGAUUUUCUUCUUCGGGAUUGCUAGCCUCGUCAACCUGAUCGCGCAGCUGGUUUGGGAUAUGGAACUCGGCUUCCAAGUCAACAUCCACCGCCGGUUCUCUGACCGUUUCUCUGACCGACGCCGUCAGGUCUCUCGCUAG